AUGGGCUGCGACGAAGUCGGCCGGGGAGACAAUCUCGGCCAGGGAACACCUAAGAAGACUCAACUGUUGUUAGAGCUUCUUCUGAAAGACAUACUGCCCGACAAGCUCACUGCCCAUUUUCAUGAUACUUAUGGCCAAGCAGUAGCCAAUGUUCAGAGAGCUUACGACAUGGGAUUGAGGACCCUUGAGAGUGGUGUUGCCGGUCUCGGUGGAUGCCCAUAUGCACUUGGGGCCAAAGGCAACGUUGCUACCGAAGACAUUGUAUACGCAUUUGAGAAUUUCGGGAUUGAUACUGCAGUGAAUCCGUCAAAGCUUGCAGCCGUGGGCGAUUGGAUUUCUCAACAAGCCGGUCUACCGAACAACAGCCGUGCUGGUGCAGCUCUGCUGGCGAACCAGAAGCAGCAUCAGGCUACAUCACCAUCCAUGCCUGAUGCGACAUCCCCUGUUAGCAACUCGCCGUACGUACAGGUAGAGCGAGAGGACUGGCCUGGAUGGAUAACGACCAUCACCCAGGCAGAAGGGUAUACGGUGUCUCAAGCGGGCAGUGCGAUCAAGAUAGCCCUGAGCCGACCUGAAAACGGUAACGCUGUGACCGCAAAUGUGCUGGAAUCAUUGACCCGCAAAUUCCAAGAGCUGUCCGCGGAUCCAUCGAUCUUCGACAUUGUUCUUGCUGCCGAAGGCCGAUUCUUUUGCACCGGCAUGGAUCUGACCGGCGACAGUGGAGGCGACAUGUUGUACACAGAACAGGAGUGGAUCUAUCUGCUUGAUUGUGUUCUGUCCCCCUGGCUAUUCAGAGAGACUCUGCCUGUUUAUAUACACUUUGGCCUGUAG